AUGAAGUUGAAGUGGCAAGUUAAAAGCAAUGCAACUAUUGUCACUUUCUUUGGCGCUUAUCAUUAUGGAGUCAAGUACAAGACAUUUUUUACUAAUGAUGAAACCUCUCCACUAGAGGAGAUUGUAACUAUUUUCGAGGUCUGCCCUGUUCCACCUGAUCAUCAAACUGAAACAGUGCUAGUAGAAAAUGACUUCUAUCUAUACAAUAUGGUUGAUUUGUUCGCGAAUGAUGGUUGGUGGCUCGGGCUUAUCAGUGGUAAAAUUGGACAAAAGUACUAUGUCUAUUUUCCUACUAUUGAGGAUAAUAUUGAAUAUCCUAGUGAUGUGUUGAGAUUUCAUCAAGAAUGGUCUAAUGGUGAGUGGAUAAAUUUUCCCAGGACAAAAGAAGAUUUUUGA